UGCCCCAGCCUCCAUCUUCGUCUCUCAGGAUGGCGACCAGCAGCGGCUCCAAGGCUGAAUUCAUAGUCGGAGGGAAAUACCAACUGGUGCGGAAGAUCGGGUCUGGCUCCUUCGGGGACAUUUACCUGGCGGUUAACAUCACCAACGGCGAGGAAGUGGCAGUGAAGCUAGAAUCGCAGAGGGCCCGGCAUCCCCAGUUGCUGUACGAGAGCAAACUCUAUAAGAUUCUUCUAGGUGGAGUUGGUGUUCCCCACAUACGGUGGUAUGGUCAGGAAAAAGACUAUAACGUGCUGGUCAUGGAUCUUCUGGGACCCAGCCUCGAAGACCUCUUUAAUUUCUGUUCAAGAAGGUUCUCAAUGAAAACUGUGCUUAUGUUGGCUGACCAGAUGAUCAGUAGAACUGAAUAUGUGCAUUCAAAGAAUUUUAUACACAGAGACAUUAAGCCAGAUAACUUCCUCAUGGGUAUUGGGCGUCACUGUAAUAAGUUAUUCCUUAUUGAUUUUGGUUUGGCCAAAAAGUACAGAGACAACAGGACAAGGCAACACAUACCGUACAGAGAAGACAAAAACCUCACCGGCACAGCCCGAUAUGCUAGCAUCAGUGCGCAUCUCGGUAUUGAGCAGAGUCGCCGAGAUGACAUGGAGUCAUUAGGAUAUGUUUUGAUGUACUUUAACAGAUCCAGCCUGCCAUGGCAAGGACUAAAGGCUGCAACAAAGAAACAGAAAUACGAAAAGAUUAGUGAGAAGAAGAUGUCCACUCCUGUUGAAGUUUUAUGUAAGGGGUUUCCUGCAGAGUUUGCCAUGUACUUAAACUAUUGUCGUGGACUGCGCUUUGAGGAAGCCCCGGAUUACAUGUAUCUGAGGCAGCUAUUCCGCAUCCUUUUCAGGACCCUGAACCACCAAUAUGACUACACAUUUGAUUGGACGAUGUUAAAGCAGAAAGCAGCACAGCAAGCAACAUCUUCCAGUGGUCAGGGUCAGCAGAACCAAACCCCCACAGAUGCAGAACUAUAUUCAUGUGAACACUGAAAGUAUUCUCAGAAGAAAAUUUCAAAUGGCAAUUUGCUAUCAAAUGUAA